AUGUUAGAGCAGACGAUUCGUCAAUGUCGACGUGAUAUCAGCGUAAUGUUGGCGAAAGAUGAUUUAUUUGUGAAAAUCGACGAUCUUGAGCGUUGUGAUGAGACUAAGGAUGUGCUCAAUGCCUGUCUCAAACAUGUCCAGAAUAUUUCCCACCUUCUGAAAGAUAUUUUGGCUGAGAUGGUGUACUCGCAAACGAUGGCGAAUAUUGUCUCAUUCCUUUUGGACAGCAUUUGUGAUGUGAUCCUUCGAAUGGAAGACAUACGAUCGGUGGACGCCGACAUCUCGGCUGAUAUGGUCGACACACUUUUGACAGAGUUGGCGCCGAUUUUCCUAGUUAAUGGCCGCUCAUCGAUUCACGAGAUUUGCUCCACAUCAUACUUCCGUACAAAGGAGAUCAUUUUCUGCCUGAAAGGGAGUCUUCAGAGUAUCGAUGACCGUUGGUGCAGUGCUAAAGGCCCGUUAGCUCAGUGGCUUCAACCUGGGGAAGUCCGAUCACUGAUCAAGGCAUUGUUCAUGAACACGGAGCAAAGACGCCAAUUACUGGACUCGAUCUUUUGA